AUGAAGGCUUCCCGAUGGGCUGAUGCAGAACUCCAGCUGCUGAGUCACCCAGCGGGCUACUCUGCAGUCGAAGAGUUGCAAGAAGCCGAGAAGGCAUACGCUGCCGCCGGACCUGAUGAGCUGGCGGAGGCAAGCCUGGCACUGGCCGAGGCCAGGCUAUCCACCGCGGGACCAGGGAAAGAUUUUGGCGAAGCUCUGAGCCAGGCUCUUGAAGCAGGCAAUGGAAAGCUUGAGGCGCGUCUUCUUCGACUCCAGGCGCGCGCUGAGUUUGCAAGGCAAAGGCCGGAACAAGCCCUGGGCUUCGCCCGGCGCAUGCUCGAAGUCGACCUCCCCGAUGAGUUGCGAUUGGUGGCACACGGCUUCGUCUCCAUAGGCCUACGCCGAAUGGGCAGCUUUAACGAGGCGCUUGCGGCUGCCCAGCAACUUGUAGAUGAGGGCAAGGGCACCAAGGGCACCAAGGGCACCAAGGGCACCAAGGGCUCGAAAGCCGAAGCCAUUGGCCGGCUCCUGUCUGCCAGUGCAUGGCUGUCGCCCUUGCCGACCGGUCCGCGUCCUCCGCGGCCUCUGGUGUUGGUGCAUGCGCUGGAGCAGAGCCGCGAGGGCGCAAGUGCGGAGCUCGCCGAGGCCGCGGCCAAAGACUGCCUGGAAGCCUCCCGCGCGCUGGGCCUGGGCCCCCUGCAGGCGGCUGCGCUGGAGCGGUUAGUGGAGUCCCUCCUUCGACAGGGCCGUUUCGAGGAGGCCCGGCGCUUGGCCGAGGAGGAGGUGCGGAGCGCCCGCAAGGCCGGCAGCCGAUCCGAGGCCGGCGCCCUCGCUGCGCUGGCCUCGGCCGUCUCCGCCGCCCCCGACACACGGGCGGACCCCAACAAGGCCCGCACCUCUUUGUUGCAGGUCCUGGGACGCCUGCGCACCCUCGGCCGGGAGGGAGAGGCGGCUCAGAUCCAGGUGUCGUUGAUGGCGGCGCAGCCGCCCUUCCUGGACUCCAGCGACUCUGCCAGCCUGGAUACGGCUGCCUCGCACGCCCAGCGAGCGCUUCGCUUGGCGCAGCAGCGCGGGGACUUUGCAGCUGAGGCAGCGGCGCUUCGGCUCCUGACCUCGCUCCACCGGCAGAUGGGGCUGGAGCCACCAAGUUCGGACCUUCGCAGUGAGAUGUUGUCAGAGCUGGGCGCAGCCGUACAAGAGGCCGACCAAGCACAAGAUGCCGCCCUGGUCGAAAACGCCCUUCGCACUCUCAAGGAGUGUGGACGCGAGGUGGAGGCUUUCCUGUCCGCCGCAGACCUGAAGGAGGUCCUGGAACCCAUUCGGUCUUGGAUGCCACAAGAGCUCGUUCCUGCGAUGCUUCGUGCUGAAAAUAGCUCAGAAGGUGCAGGUAAGCAGGAUGGAGGUGGGAGCCUUCUGAUGGUGGAGGUCAGCCACAAGCCGAUGUACCACAGCGUAGCGGCCGGGGGGAUCCAGUACGGACCCAGAUAUCGCCAGGUUUGGGGCUACAGGCCUCCUCGGCUUGCGCUUGCGUCGGCAGGGAAGGACCAGCCAGCCGUGGUGGCUGCACUGCGGACGUCCUCGGACGCAGAGGAGUGGGAGGCACGAGCGUGGGAUUGGACACCUCCACUUGUUGAUGCAGCUGCUCAUUCCUCCUUCCUGUUCGCGCAGUAG